GAGAGAGAGAGAGAGCGCCUGUCAGAGGAGCUGAGAGCGGCUCUCCGCCUGCUGCCUCACUCACUGACUUGGGAUUUUUUGGGCUUGAGCAGAGGGACUGGAGAGACAAACUGAGGCAGAAAAGUCGCGCAGAAAGUCGGGUUUACACGGCAGAAUGGCGGACCGGGACCCGGUGCCGCUUCCUCUGGAGGUGCGGGCCCGCCUGGCCGAGCUGGAGCUGGAGUUAUCGGAGGGUGACAUCACACAGAAGGGCUAUGAGAAGAAGCGAUCCAAGCUGAUAGGAGCCUACCUCCCGCAAGCUCCAGGGGUGGACCCCUCGAUGGGACAGGAGAGGAGAAUGCCCGUCACUCCGUCCUCGUCCUCUCGGUAUCACCGCCGGCGCUCCUCGGGCUCCAGGGACGAACGCUACAGAUCAGACGUGCACACAGAGGCGGUGCAGGCAGCUCUGGCCAAGCACAAAGAGAGGAAGAUGGCGGUGCCGAUGCCUUCGAAGCGCCGCUCGCUGGUGGUGCAGACCUCCAUGGACGCCUACACGCCGCCAGACACAUCCUCAGGCUCGGAGGGUGAAGGCCAGGGCGACGGCGACGAGGAGGAGGGAGGAGACGGCGAAGAGGAGGACGGAGGCGGCGGCGGCGGCACCUCCUCCAGCCGCGAGGGGAGCAUCAGCAUGGAGCACUGGAUCAGCCGGGCCAUCCACGGCACCUCGUCCACCACCACCACCACCUCCUCCACGGCCUCCUCCUCCUCUUCCUCCACACGCAGCGGGGGAAGUGGGGCGGCGGCCGGCAGGCUGGCCGAUGUCCUGGCGCAGCAUGCCCACAUCUCCGCCCACCACCACCUCCAUCACCACCAUCACCACCACCACAAGUCAGAGAACCACUCUGCCCCUCCAGAUGUCACCGGCUACACCAACAACACCAGCAGCGGCGCCACCGACGGCAUCCAGGUGGAGAGACCGCAGGGCGCCGGCACCGCGGCCCAGAGACAGGCGCCCAAGUACGGCAACGCCGAGCUGAUGGAGACCGGAGACGGCGUCCCAGUCAGCAGCAGAGUAUCAGCCAAAAUACAGCAGCUCGUCAACACUCUGAAGAGACCCAAACGGCCUCCGCUCAGGGAGUUUUUUGUCGACGACUUCGAGGAGCUGCUGGAAGUCCAGCAACCGGACCCCAACCAGCCCAAGGCGGAGGGGGCUCAGAUGGUGGCCAUGCGGGGGGAACAGCUGGGCGUGGUGACCAACUGGCCUCCGUCUCUGGAAGCAGCCCUGCAGCGGUGGGGCACGAUCUCCCCCAAAGCCCCCUGCCUCACCACCAUGGACACCAACGGCAAACCACUCUACGUUCUCACCUACGGUAAACUGUGGUCCAGAAGUAUGAAGGUGGCCUACAACCUGCUGCACAAACUGGGAACCAAACAGGAGCCGCUGGUCAGGCCUGGAGACCGGGUGGCGCUGGUCUUCCCCAACAACGACCCCGCCGCCUUCAUGACGGCGUUUUACGGCUGCCUGCUGGCCGAGGUCGUCCCCGUGCCGAUAGAAGUACCACUGACCAGGAAGGACGCUGGCAGUCAGCAGAUCGGCUUCCUGCUGGGCAGCUGUGGAGUGACGGUGGCUCUGACCAGCGACGCCUGCCAUAAGGGAUUACCCAAGAGUCCUACUGGAGAGAUCCCACAGUUCAAAGGCUGGCCCAAGGUGCUGUGGUUCGUCACCGAGUCCAAACACCUGUCCAAACCCCCCCGAGACUGGUUCCCACAUAUCAAGGACGCCAACCAGGACACUGCCUACAUCGAGUACAAGACGUGUAAGGACGGCAGCGUGCUCGGGGUGACGGUGAUGAGGAUAGCCAUGCUCACACACUGCCAGGCGCUCACCCAGUCCUGCUCGUACACAGAAGCUGAGACCAUAGUGAAUGUAUUAGACUUCAAGAAGGACGUAGGACUGUGGCACGGCAUCCUGACUAGUGUGAUGAACAUGAUGCAUGUCAUCAGUAUUCCUUACGCCCUGAUGAAGGUCAAUCCUCUGUCCUGGAUCCAGAAAGUCUGUCAGUACAAAGCCAAGGUGGCGUGUGUGAAGUCGCGGGACAUGCACUGGGCUCUGGUGGCCCAUCGGGACCAGAGAGACGUCAACCUGUCCUCUCUGCGCAUGCUGGUGGUGGCCGACGGAGCCAAUCCCUGGUCGAUCUCGUCCUGCGACGCCUUCCUCAACGUCUUCCAGAGUAAAGGUCUGAAACCGGAGGUCAUCUGUCCCUGCGCCAGCUCGCCUGAGGCCCUGACCGUGGCCAUCAGGAGGCCGGCGGAGGAGGGCAGCGCCCCCCCUGGCCGGGGCGUCCUGUCCAUGCAGGGUCUGAGUCACGGCGUGAUCCGGGUCGACUCCGAGGAGAAGCUGUCGGUGCUCACGCUGCAGGACGUCGGCACCGUGAUGCCGGGAGCCAUGAUGUGUGUGGUCAGGCUGGACGGCGUUCCUCUGCUCUGUAAAACCGAUGAGAUCGGCGAGCUGUGUGUUUGCUCCGUCGCCACGGGAACGUCCUACUACGGCCUCACCGGCAUGACCAAGAACACCUUCGAGGUCUUCCCCAUGUCCACCGGCGGCGCUCCCAUCAGCGAGUUCCCCUUCACCCGGACCGGCCUGCUGGGCUUCAUCGGGCCCGGCGGUCUGGCCUUCGUCGCGGGGAAGAUGGACGGUCUGAUGCUGGUGGGAGGGCGCCGGCACAACGCCGACGACAUCGUGGCCACGGCGCUCGCCGUCGAGCCCAUGAAGUUCGUGUACAGAGGCAGGAUAGCGGUGUUCUCCAUCACGGUGCUUCAUGAUGAGAGGAUCGUGGUCGUCGCCGAGCAGAGGCCCGACUCCACCGAGGAGGACAGCUUCCAGUGGAUGAGCCGAGUGCUGCAGGCGAUCGACGGCAUCCACCAGGUGGGCGUGUACUGCCUGGCUCUGGUUCCCUCCAACACCCUGCCCAAGACGCCGCUGGGCGGGAUCCACCUGUCCGAGACCAAGCAGCUCUUCCUGGAGGGGGCGCUGCACCCCUGCAACGUCCUCAUGUGCCCCCACACCUGCGUCACCAACCUGCCCAAACCGCGGCAGAAACAGCCAGAGAUCGGUCCUGCCUCUGUGAUGGUGGGGAAUCUGGUUUCAGGGAAGAGGAUCGCCCAGGCCAGCGGCAGAGAUCUGGGUCAGAUUGAAGACAAUGACCAGGCAAGGAAGUUCCUCUUUCUGUCUGAGGUGUUACAGUGGAGAGCUCAGACCACGCCAGACCACGUCCUGUACACACUGCUCAACUCCAGGGGGACGAUAGCCAGCUCUCUGACUUGUCUUCAGCUCCACAAGCGAGCAGAGAAGAUCGCCGCCAUGCUGGCUGAACGGGGCCACCUGCAGGACGGAGACCACGUCGCACUGGUCUACCCUCCUGGCAUCGACCUCAUCGUGGCGUUUUACGGCUGCCUGUACGCCGGCUGCGUGCCCAUCACGGUGCGGCCGCCCCACCCGCAGAACAUCGCCACCACACUGCCCACCGUCAAGAUGAUCGUGGAGGUGAGCCGCUCGGUGUGUGUGAUGACCACCCAGCUGAUCUGCAAGCUGCUCAGGUCCAAGGAAGCCUCGGCCGCCGUCGACGUCAGGACUUGGCCGCCUGUCCUGGACACAGAUGAUUUGCCAAAGAAGAAACCUCCUCUGCUGUAUAAACCGUCCAACCCCGACACCCUGGCCUACCUGGACUUCAGCGUCUCCACCACCGGCAUGCUCGCUGGAGUCAAGAUGUCUCACACAGCCACCAGUGCCUUCUGCCGCUCCAUCAAGCUGCAGUGUGAGCUUUACCCGUCCAGAGAGGUCGCCAUCUGCCUCGACCCGUACUGCGGCCUGGGCUUCGUCCUCUGGUGCCUUUGCAGUGUGUACUCAGGUCACCAGUCCAUCCUGAUCCCCCCGGCGGAGCUGGAGGUGAACCCGGCCCUCUGGCUGCUGGCCGUCAGCCAGUACAAAGUCCGCGACACUUUCUGCUCCUACAGCGUCAUGGAGCUCUGCACCAAAGGCCUGGGCCUGCAGACCGACUCGCUCAAGUCUCGAGGGCUGGACCUGUCCCGGGUGAGGACGUGCGUGGUGGUGGCUGAGGAGCGUCCCAGGAUAGCGCUGACCCAGUCCUUCUCCAAACUCUUCAAAGACCUGGGCCUGCACCCUCGCGCCGUCAGCACCUCGUUCGGCUGCAGGGUCAACCUGGCCAUCUGCCUGCAGCCUCACAGGCUCGGGAAGCUUGCAGACCAGGGCACGUCGGGACCCGACCCCACCACCGUGUUCGUGGACAUGAGAGCGCUGCGGCACGACAGGGUCAGACUAGUAGAGAGGGGGUCACCACACAGUCUGCCGCUGAUGGAGUCUGGGAAGAUCCUGCCCGGGGUUCGCAUCAUCAUCGCCAACCCAGAGACCAAGGGACCAAUGGGAGAGUCGCAUCUGGGCGAGAUCUGGGUGCACAGCGGCCACAAUGCCAGCGGCUACUUCACGGUGUACGGAGACGAGGCGCUGCAGUCGGACCACUUCAGCUCCAGGCUCAGCUUCGGCGACACUCAGACCGUCUGGGCUCGAACCGGAUACCUGGGCUUCCUCCGCAGGACCGAACUCACCGACGCCAGCGGGGAGCGACAUGACGCCCUGUAUGUGGUGGGGGCUCUGGAUGAGGCCAUGGAGCUGCGGGGGAUGCGCUACCACCCCAUCGACAUCGAGACGUCGGUCAUCAGGACGCACAAGAGCAUCACAGAAUGCGCCGUGUUCACGUGGACCAACCUGCUGGUGGUGGUGGUGGAGCUGGACGGCUCCGAGCAGGAGGCUCUGGAUCUGGUUCCCCUGGUCACCAACGUGGUGCUGGAGGAGCACUACCUGAUCGUGGGCGUGGUGGUGGUGGUCGACAUCGGCGUCAUCCCCAUCAACUCCCGCGGCGAGAAGCAGAGGAUGCACCUGCGCGACGGCUUCCUGGCCGACCAGCUGGACCCCAUCUACGUGGCUUACAACAUGUAGCGCCCCCUGGCUGCCGUGACGGAGGACAAGAGGAAGUUGGGGAUUAUUUUGGAGGACUGCGAUGGAUGGAUGGAUGUAACUUCAUGCAAAGACAGCAAUGCAAGUCUACUCCUCGGAGUGAAGGACUGCCAGAGUCCGAGGCAGAGUCUGUGGGACGAGAGGAGAUUAAAAAUAAACGCACCCUUGUGAAGCGCAGCAGACGGUUUACUGACAAGUGGCAAUCGUGUGGACGGGAAGCAGUAGAGGACAAUCCUAACCUAGCGAAAAAUUCUUGCUUAUUGCUUUCAAACUAAGUGUGGCUCAUUAUAUAUUUUCAUGUUAAGUAUUGCUCAAGUUGCUUGUUUUGUUUUAUUCUUUUCUUUUUUUUUUUUUAACAGGCCCUCUAAAGAGGUUAGGCUAUUUUUAAGAAAAAGGAUAUUUACACAAACAAAAAGAACUGUGGCAAAAAUUAUAUUUUAUGUUUACCGUUUUUAUGAUAUCAACCAUUACAAAGUCCAAGAUAUGUUUUGAUACGGGGGAGGGGGAGGGUGGUAUUGCAGUUGUCCUUCGACUUUACAAUAAGGUACUACGCAUUUGUUUCAUGUUCAUGUUAGCUCGUUUUUUGUAAACAAGUAUUACAUUUUUUUUUGUUUUCAAUUUAACAUUAAUGUUGUUUUCUGUAACAUCUGUCCUGUCUGCAAGGGAAACCGGUGUGCUAAUUUCAGAACCGAACAGCUGCAGCCUUUUACCCAUUUUUUUUUUUGACAGAAUCAAGCUUUGACUGAAGGAAAACAAUAACAUAAAGUCAUAUCAUGUAAGUAUGUACAAAAAAACUGAUUUAAUUUAUUUUGUUUCUCUUUUAGAGGUAUAUGAGGAGACGUUCAAGAAUAUUUUGCUCUUGAAUAUUUGCUAAUAUAAAAACGCGAAAAGCAUUGUAUUAUCUUGAGUGAAAUAGUGUCACUUCAAGUACAUGGAAAAUAGAAAUAUAUGAAUAUAGAUUAUAUUAAAAGGGGAGCCUAGGAUUCACCCCGAACACGAGCUGUUUGAGACGCGCAGCUUCUCAUUUGCAUGGAGUCUGGAGCUGCAGACUGAAGCCGCUGUGUUGCUCAAACAACAUUUUUUAUGAGGUGAAGACUUGAAGAGUUUCAUUCCACAUCCUAAAAUGAAGAGUUUUGUACCCAAACAAUGUGUAAACCUUGGAGGGAAAAAAAAUCAGUCAUUACCUGAAGUUCAUUAUCAAGGAUUCAGCGUACUGAGGUGUGAGGUAACCUGAAUUCUCCGUUAACAAAAAUGCUAAUAUCCUUUGCUUUAAAGGGGCAUUAAGUAACCUCAAUGGCAUUCACAACACACACUUGAACUGUUAAGCAUGCAUUGGACUGAAGUUGUGUUAGUUGCUGGUCUCAAAAACUCUUGAAGCAACCAGAUUUAACACAGAGUACAGAUUAGAUUAGCUAAUCCUUACUGGAAAACCUGCUACAAUCAGACGUUUAGCUAGUUUCUUUUUUUUUCACAGACUGGCUCGUGAUGGUUUCAGGUCUGUGCUCCAUCAGUGGAUCGCGCUCGCUGAGAUGCACAGGAUAUUUUACGUUUUUUACAUCACAAAUGCUUGUGAAUGGAGACUUACUGCCUCAUGGCCACAAGACAUUUCAACAACAGAUCUAUAUAGAGAGUUAUAGCACCUACAAGCUGAGUCGAGUCCACCUCCAGGGGGCGACAUAUAGCGCUAAAACUGGGCUAAACAGAGUCAGAUGAACAGCGAUCAGUGGGACUUUUCCAGAAAAAUCACCUCUUUAAAUUAAUUUAAUAUUUUCUUAUGGUGCACUGAUAAAAAUGACCAGCAGCUAAUUAAGAAGAUCCACAUUUCUAUGAUGUUAGAUGAAGGAAAUCUGGAACCACAGAGGGAAAAAAUGGUUUUCCUUCUCUGUUUGUGCAGGCAGUCAACAGCAAACAGCCUCAAUGCUGGUGGAAAUCUGGAAAAUCAUUUUAAAACCAUGGAUUUAACCUCAGAUUAUAAUUCUGUCUUCAUUAUAAAUAUUUGGGCCGUGGAACAAUGACAAUGAUAGUCCAGUUACCGAUCAAUAUUUGGAAUAAAAUUCCAUUUUAUAUAAAUACAUUUUAUAGGUUUUAGCCCUCAUUGGCCGCCAACUACUCUAAUCUGUGUAAUAAGGGCUCAGUACUGCCCCUGAUGGACGAUAGACUGUACUGCACUCUUGUUUUUUCUUAAAGAGAAAAUUUACAAUAGACAAGAAAGCUAGCAAAUUAGCAAAGAUCCAAGAGAAAUGCUUGGUGAAGAGCUCUCACUCUGUCUUCUACUUGUAUGGUUUGUGAGAGAGACUUUUAAGCUGAAAUGUCUCAUGAAGCCAGGUGCUCACUUACUGCCCCUUUAACCACUUUUCUCAGACUUUAUGCCAUUUGCUUAAAUGGUGGAUAUCUCACUUGUAUUUUUUUUAUUUAAAUCACGGAACAAGUUUCCUGAUGUUUCCUUAGUAAGUAAAGGUGUAAAGACAGCCAAUAACCUCAGUGAGGACUGACACCGAGUUGUGCUUAAAAGCUUAAUUUUUUUUUUUUUUUUUUUUUUUUUUUAAAUCAGAGUCAGUGUCAUCUAUUCCAAGAAAUUACUUUGUGUUUACUGGAAUGAAACUCCUCAAUUCAAACACACCCAUCAUCAAAAAAAUCCAACAAACAAACUUCAGCACCUCUGGUUGGGACAGAGUGAAUUCUCCACACUACAGGUGUCCCUCAAAUGCAGCGUUCGCUAGUGUUGUAAAUAUAAAAGUCAAGUCCUUCAUAUUUUUACAUGGACAGAUCAAUCAGGGCUCAUACAGUGAUGUCACGACAGGAGACAAAGACUGCGAGAGGUGAAUGCGUUUUACCAGAGACCCUUUAAAUAAUUAAAGAACUGUGGUGAGGCGGGAGAUCGGGGGAACACGACCUUCAAUCUGUGAAACGAGAUCUGAGGUUGACGCUUCUCGGCAGAGAAUGUUCUAGUUUCAACACAAUUUUUUUUU